AUGGAAGAUUCAGCCAUCGAACGCCGAGGCCCGCUUCCGACAGCGAAGAACCAUCCCCCACCAAGGAACUGCGAUCGAAUGAUCAGACUAACGUCUGAAAUCCUCAGUAAUUGUCGAAAUGUCGAGCUUCGUGGCAUGCUCAUCAUUCUACAGAAUAACCUCGCUCCGGCCGCCAAAGAGCUUGACAAGUGGGUCAUAGCUUACACUUCAUAUCAGCUCAGGUACGCUGGCGACACUGGACUACUAGCGCUGCACCAGCAGAUCAUGGAUGGCGACAAGGAAAUCGCAGCUUAUGUGUUAAACGAAGUUGAGACAUAUCGCAAGUGGUGCUCGGACCAGUGCACCUGGACCUCCCAUCCCCCAUCCAGCGUGGCGAAUUUGUCCGAGGGUUUUUGGCUCGAGGAUCUGAGAAAGCUGAACAAUCUGGAGAACGAGCUGCAAGGAUAUUGGCACCUCAAAUUCGAGAACAAGGGAAGAGCGGGUCGUUCAACGGGCCCCAAACGCAAGCGCGUUCACCAAUCUCCAGCCACUGACAUAGCCAACGGUCAGAUUCCCAAGAAGAGCGCAAUCGAAAUUCUCGACCUUAAGAGCAACGAUAGUGUUGAGACACCGCUACGAUUCCCCAGUCGCAAGCAGUGUUAUCCGCCUAGCUACGCAGUCUCUGGUCCAGUCCAACAAGGACCUUCGAAACGACAAAGUCAAGUCAUCAGUCUACUGGACAGCGACACUGACAGCUCGUCACCUCCAUCAAGAAGUGCCACCCGCAGCCAGUCCCUUCCAUUCAGGGAAACGACCUCCGUCCCGCGCCAACAUGGCUCCACGAAGCGAGAUCCGAUGCCUCCCGCAAAUCUUGACGUGGCCCCACACGCCGCCGAGUACAUACUACGUGCCUACGGUCGCCAUCCGGAGAAACCAGGCCUCAAUGCUGCUCUCGACGACAUGCUUCCGAAGACGUUGUCGCACAUGACGAAAGAUGCCAGGGCUGCUGGAGAGAGUCUACCGGACUUUCAGGCACGCAUGAUCCAGGAGGCACGGGACUAUUUUGAGGCCAAGGACAAAGCUGCAGGACGAGAGACGACAUGGGACUUGAACGAGUUGAAAGCCUUACAGAAGGGAAAGAGACGAGCUUAA